GUCCUGCGACAACAGCUAAACCCUAGAGCUUAAAAACCUUCAAGCAGCCAGAGAAUCCUUUCCUCCUCCACCCUAGCAGCAGCAGCCUCUCUCUCUCUCUCGUUGCCUUCUUCCACCACCAGCUCUCAAUCAAAGAGUUAGGUUAAUAAUAAUGGCAGAGACUACACAGAUGGAGGUCGAGGUCCCGACAGAAGCUGCUUCCCCCUUACCGGCAAAACCAAUCUUCAAGCCUCUGAAAGCUCACGAGAUGUCCGACGGCAAAGUCCAGUUCAGAAAAAUCCCCGUGCCGCCGAACCGUUACACACCCCUCAAGAAAGCGUGGCUAGACAUCUACACGCCCGUCUACGACCAGAUGAAAGUCGACAUAAGGAUGAACCUCAAGUCCCGCAAAGUCGAGCUCAAGACCCGUGCCGACACCCCUGACGUCAGCAACCUCCAGAAGUCCGCUGACUUCGUCCACGCCUUCAUGCUAGGUUUCGAUAUCCCCGACGCGGUCGCGCUUCUGAGGAUGGACGAGCUGUACGUGGAGUCGUUUGAGAUUAAGGACGUGAAGACUUUGAAAGGGGAGCAUUUGUCGAGGGCCAUUGGGAGGUUGUCGGGAAAAGGAGGGAAGACGAAGUUUGCGAUUGAGAACUCGACGAAGACGAGGAUUGUGAUUGCGGAUACGAGGAUUCAUAUCUUGGGGGCGUUUACUAAUAUUAAGGUUGCGAGGAGUUCUCUUUGCAGUCUUAUUAUGGGUUCUCCUGCGGGCAAGGUUUACUCCAAGCUUCGGAAUGUUAGUGCUAGAUUAGCUGACUAGUGUUUCUGCAAUAAUCUUGUUUUUUGGGAAUAUGUUUGCUUGAGUUUUGUUCGAGUUUAUUUAUUUGUAUUGCUUCGAAAAUACACAUGUUUCUUGAGUUGUCUAAACAUCUGUUUACCAA